AUGACAGCAACAAAGAUUGAUGGCACGGCCAUAGCGAAAAGCAUCCGCGAACGGAUCUCGCAGGAAAUUGCGGACAAGCAAGCGCAGAACCCACGCUACAAGCCUGGUCUCGUAAUCCUGCAAGUGGGAGAUCGAUCGGACAGCAGCACGUACGUGCGCAUGAAGCUGAAGGCCGCCGAGGAAGCGAACAUCUCAUGCAACAUUCAGAACUACGGCGAGGACACAUCCGAAGUUGAGCUGCUAGAAAGGAUUGAGGGCUUGAACAACGAUCCAAAGGUGCACGGCAUUUUGGUGCAAUUACCGCUACCCAAGCACAUUAACGAGUACAACGUCACCAGCGCGGUGUCUGACGUGAAGGACGUUGACGGUUUUGGUGGACUGAACAUUGGAGAGCUGGCGAAGAAAGGUGGGAAGCCGCUGUUCGUGCCAUGUACGCCAAAGGGUGUUAUGGUGUUGUUGGAGGAGAGCGGCGUGAAUCCGGCUGGCAAGAAUGCAGUUGUCCUUGGUCGGUCGGACAUUGUCGGCGCACCCGUCAGCUACCUGUUACGCAACGCGGACGCUACAGUCACAGUAUGUCAUUCGCGGACCAAGAACCUCCAGGACAUCCUCAAGACGGCAGACAUUGUAAUCGCGGCCAUCGGUAAGGCACAGUUCGUGAAGGGCGACUGGCUGAAACCGGGCUGCGUGGUAAUCGACGUUGGAACGAACCAUAUCCCGGACGAGUCGAAGAAGUCUGGACAGCGACUUGUUGGUGACGUAGACUACGAUGAAGCCGUUGAGGUCGCAUCGCAGAUCACGCCGGUCCCUGGGGGUGUUGGUCCUAUGACUGUGGCUAUGCUUCUGCGCAACGUCGUAAAUGCAGCCGACACGUACUUCGACCACCAAAAGUCGCGACACAUUAGUCCCUUGCCGCUCAAGCUUAAGACACCAGUCCCGUCGGACAUUGCGAUUUCCCGAGCACAGCAUCCAAAGCUGAUUAACAAGGUUGCCGCCGAGGUUGGCAUUGCUCCGUAUGAGCUGGAGCCGUACGGCGCGUACAAGGCCAAAGUUUCGCUUGAUGUCCUGUCUCGACUACAGCACCGUCGUAAUGGGCGGUACGUCGUAGUUACGGGCAUCACUCCCACGCCUCUUGGCGAGGGCAAAAGUACGACCACCAUAGGUCUAUCGCAAGCCCUGGCGGGACAGCUCGGUCGGAUAGCGUUCGCAAAUGUACGCCAACCGUCUCAAGGUCCGACGUUUGGCAUUAAAGGUGGCGCGGCUGGUGGCGGCUAUAGUCAAGUCAUCCCCAUGGACGAAUUCAACCUUCACCUGACUGGCGACAUCCAUGCCAUCUCCGCGGCAAACAACCUUCUGGCCGCUGCUAUUGAUACACGGAUGUACCAUGAAGCAACGCAGAAGGACGGGCCGCUUUACAGGCGUCUGGUGCCCGAGAAGAAGGGGAAGCGCGAGUUCGUGCCCGUGAUGUUCAGGCGGUUGAAGAAGCUUGGCAUCACCAAGACCGACCCUAACGAGCUGACUGAAGAAGAAUAUACGCGCUUUGCCAGACUUGAUAUCGAUCCCGAGACCAUUACCUGGCGGAGAGUGCUGGACGUCAAUGACAGGCAUCUGAGAGGCAUCACCAUCGGGCAGGCGCCUACGGAGAACAAAGUGCCGCCGCGCGAAACGAGCUUUGACAUCUCGGUAGCGUCCGAGUGCAUGGCUGUGCUUGCGCUCUCAACCGACUUGGCAGACAUGCGCGACCGGCUGGGCAGAAUGGUCGUGGCGAGCAGUAGGGCUGGCGAUCCCGUCACCGCCGAUGACCUUGGCUGCGGUGGCGCAUUGACGGCGCUUAUGAAAGAUGCCAUUAAGCCCAACCUCAUGCAAACACUGGAAGGCACGCCCGUUUUCGUGCAUGCCGGUCCGUUUGCGAACAUCAGCAUCGGUAACAGUAGCAUCAUCGCCGACCGUGUCGCGCUCAAACUUGCUGGGACAGAACCAGACGAGGAUCAUGCUGAGAAGGCCGGUUUCGUCGUGACGGAAGCUGGGUUCGAUUUCACCAUGGGCGGCGAGCGCUUCAUGAACAUCAAGUGCCGCGCCUCCGGUCUCGUCCCGGACGUCGUCGUCAUCGUCGCCACCGUCCGCGCGCUCAAGGUUCAUGGUGGCGGUCCCGAGUUCAAACCUGGCGAGCAGCUUGCGGAGGUCUACCGCACGGAGAACGUCGAUAUUCUUCGUGCGGGGUGCGUGAACCUUGCCAAGCAUAUCGAGAAUGCUAGGCAGUAUGGUGUUGAGGUGGUCGUCGCGAUCAAUCGCUUCGAGACAGACACCGAUGCCGAGCUCAACGUGAUCCGGGAAGAAGCACUGAAAGCGGGUGCCACAGACGCAAUCCCCGCCAACCACUGGGCGGAAGGCGGCAAGGGUGCCGUCGACCUUGCCAAGGGUGUCAUCGCCGCCUCCUCGAAGAGCAACCCGGACGCUUUCAAACUCCUAUACGGUCUGGACGACAGCAUCCAAACCCGUAUCGAAGCCAUUGCCAAGAAGAUGUACGGCGCGUCAUCCGUUUCAUUCUCGGAAACAGCGCAGAAGAAGGUUGAUACGUACACCAAACAAGGCUUCGGCAACCUUCCCAUCUGCAUUGCAAAGACGCAGUACAGUCUCUCCCAUGACGCGAGUCUGAAGGGCGCGCCUAGUGGCUUUCAGGUGCCGAUUAGGGACGUCAGGAUGGCGGCCGGGGCUGGGUAUUUGUACGCGCUUGCGGCUGAUAUCCAGACGAUUCCGGGUUUGCCGACGGCGCCCGGUUAUCUCAAUGUUGAGGUUGACACGGAGACGGGGGAGAUUGAUGGCCUCUUUUAG